AUAAGCCCCAAUGUUGAUUAGACUUCCCACUCUGGAUUUUCAGACCCUGGAAGGCCCACUCCUCCAGGAAAAUUACAGGGAGUUGUAAAAGAAGAAAAGAAAAGAGAAAUAAAAAGGUGAAAUAUGAAAGUCUACAUUUGCUCCAUGGUUGUUACCCUCUCUUUGUCUUUAAGCAGUGCUCCUGAGCGAAUGGAAGGAAGGAACAGUUCUGGUACUGAGCCAGGAGAAUCCAGACAUGAAGUUCAUCACUCCAGAGAAAAAUGCUUUGAUGAAACUCUGCAUGAAUAUUUUGCAACUGGAGAAAGCUGGGCAAGAAUCUACCAAGGGAUAGUGCAGAAAUGCACAUGCGCUAACAACCUAAUUAACUGCCAAUAUGCACAGCACACAGGCUGCACUGUCAAUCCAUGCCCCCAUGGCAGUACUUGCAAGAAGAUCGUCUUCACUAACGAAACAGUCUGUGACUGCAAAACACCCUGGGCAGGAAGACAUUGCAAUGUUGGUCCUAGCCAACAUUGCUAUUCUGGUAAUGGGACAGACUACAGGGGCAUUGAGAAAAAGACAAUUUCUGGAGAUAAUUGUCUGCCAUGGAAUUCAGAUCUCCUUUACCAAGAGCUUCAUGCUGACUUAGUUGAAAACCCUGUGCAACUGGGACUGGGACCACAUUCAUACUGCCGAAACCCAGAUGAAGACAAGGAGCCAUGGUGCUACACAGUCAAAGAAAACUCAGUAUCUUGGGAAUACUGCAAUGUUACUUUAUGUCGGAGCAGAAGAAGGCGGCCGCCACCCCCACCCCCACCCCCGGAAACUUUUGAUGACUUUGCCGUGGUCCAGAACUUAUGUGGGAGAAGACAUAAGAAGCGAAACUUCCUAAGACCCAGAAUUAUAGGAGGAUCUUCCUCCUUACCAGGAUCACAUCCCUGGCUGGCCAGCAUAUACGUUGGGAAAAAUUUCUGUGCUGGAAGCCUACUUCGUUCUUGUUGGGUGGUGACAGCUGCACAUUGUUUUGCUGAUAGUCCGCUGAGGUCAACAAUUCGAAUUGUUUUGGGACAACAUUUUUUUAAUAUGACAACAGCUGUUACUCAAGAAUUUGAUGUGGAGAAGUACUUCAUGCACCCUGACUUCACAGUAUACAACCCAACUGAAAAUGAUAUAGUUUUAGUUAAGUUGAAGAAGGUGAAUCAACGCUGCGCAGUGAAGUCCCAGUUUGUUCGACCAAUCUGCCUGCCGGAAAAGGGAAUGUCCUUUCCAGAUAACCAGAAAUGCCAAAUUGCAGGAUGGGGACACUUGCAUGAAAAUUCAUCCAGCUACUCUAAAGUAUUGCAGGAAACAUCAGUUCCGAUCAUCCCUGAUUACAAAUGUCAAAACUAUGAUGUUUAUGGAGCUGACAUUAGUGAAAAUAUGUUCUGUGCUGGUCACCUUGAUGGUAAAUCAGACGCCUGCCAGGGAGAUUCUGGCGGCCCCCUGGCCUGUGAAAAGGAUGGCAUAUCUUACCUGUAUGGCAUUAUCAGCUGGGGUGAUGGAUGUGGCAAAGCUAGGAAGCCUGGUGUUUAUACAAGAGUGACCAAAUAUGUGGACUGGAUAAAUGAGAAGAUAAACCGGCUCCAAAAAAGCAGCCGUAGUUCCUUACCCAGAUGAAGCAUUUCACAUUUUGCUAAAAUUAUGGAUUGCCACCGUCACUGUUUAUAAUGCUAACUGUUGUCAUUAAAAGGCACCC